AGGUUUAGAGAUAAAAAAAUGGGAUCAAGAGUCUGUGUCUCGUGCUUUGUUGCUAUAAUGCUGUUGCUAAUGGCGUCUGCCAGGCAGACCGAUGCACAGCUAACAUCAACCUUCUAUGAUAAGUCAUGCCCGGCAGCACUGUCGACCAUUCGGAAAGCAGUCAGGACAGCCAUUGCUAAGGAGCGCCGCAUGGCUGCGUCCCUUAUCCGUCUCCAUUUCCAUGAUUGCUUUGUUCAGGGAUGUGAUGCAUCAGUUCUGCUGGAUGAUGCUCCUUCAAUCAAUAGUGAGAAAAACGCAUUCCAGAACUUCCGUUCUUUGAGAGGCUUUGAAGUGGUUGAUAGCAUAAAAGCAACAGUUGAGAAGGCUUGCCCUGGUGUUGUUUCCUGUGCUGACAUCCUUGCUGUUGCCUCACGAGAUGCUUCUGAAUAUGUGAAUGGUCCGAUGUGGACAGUGAAGCUUGGAAGAAGAGACUCUAUAACAGCAAGCAAAGACUUAGCUGAGGCAGACCUGCCAAUAGCUUUCAAUGAUCUUGAUGCACAGAUCUCUUCAUUUGCUAAGCAAGGUUUAAGCGUUAGAGACAUGGUUGCACUCUCAGGUGCUCAUACAAUAGGGCAGGCUCAAUGCGCCACCUUUAGAGGGAGAGUUUACAAUGAUACUAACAUUGACGCAGGCUUUGCUAGAAUGAGGAGGAGAGGUUGUCCUGUGUCUGAUGGCAAUGGCAACUUGGCUCCUCUUGAUCUUGUGACACCCAACUCUUUUGACAACAACUACUACAAGAAUCUCAUUCAGAAGAAGGGAUUACUUCAUUCUGAUCAAGUUCUGUUUAAUGGUGGAUCCACUGAUGAUAUUGUAACUAGCUACAGCAAAGACAAAACCGCCUUCUACUCUGACUUUGCUUCUGCUAUGGUGAAGAUGGGAGACAUCAGUCCUCUCACCGGUUCUUCUGGUCAGAUCAGGAAGGUUUGCAGUGUUGUCAACUGAUUGGGAUUUGACAAUGAAUACUUCAAGUGGUUUCUUUGUU